AUGUCGACCUUCUCUGAGUCUGAUUUCGAUGCCGAGCGCUACGAUAGGAGCCGACCCUCCUAUCCCGAUCGCUUUUACGCAGCUUUGGACAAAUAUCACCAAGGCCCCCGUCGUUGUGUCGUUGAUGUUGGGUGCGGUCCUGGGACGGCUACGUUCCAAAUGGCUGCAUUAUUGAGCGGUUUCGAGCAGGUCGUAGGAACCGACAUCUCGCCAACCAUGAUCGAGAAGGCCAGGUCCGCGAGUGGGAGCGACGAGCGAGUCUCUUUUGAAGUGUCGUCAGGCAACGAGUUUUCGUUCUUGGGCGCCGCCAAGGCCAACAGACAGACCCUCGAUAUGGUCACGGCAGUGGAAUGUGUUCAUUGGUUUGACUUUGCAAGUUUCCAGUCAUCCGUAGCCGCCAAUCUGCGCAGAGGCGGCACUUUUGCGAUCUGGGGCUACGCAGACGCUGCGUUUAUCGACUAUCCGGAGCUGGACGCUGUGCUGAACGACGUUUCGUAUGGGAGGGAUCAGCUCGGGCCGUUCUGGCAGCAGCCGGGACGCAACGUGCUCCGUGGCAUGUUAGAGAACUGGGUCUUCGACAGCAGAUAUUUCGCUGACGAGCAGAGUGCUGAAGUUAGAGUCGCGGAUUUGCGCGCCCCACAGCACCUACAUGCUCAGCAGAGACCUCUGAUUCUCUCAAAGGAGAUGACAGUGUCCGACUACGCAAACUAUGUCAGAACUUUCAGUGCGUACCACACUUGGAAGACAAAACACGGAGACUCGGAAGAAGACAUCGCCGAGCGGCUGGUGGAGACGAUCUGCACGGUUCAACCAGAGCUCACGCCAGAUUCCAAGGUCCAGGUAGCUUGGAAUACCUUCUACAAGUUUGCUAGAAGAGUUUGA